CUUGUGGCGUUCCUCAACCGAUGUGAGAUCCAUUCCCCAGAUCCGUGUAGUGGGUAUGGUAAUGAACAGUUCUCACCCUAACCAUUUAUAAAGUGGGAUUUGGACAAAUGGUGCGUUAAAUACGAUGAGCCUCAUGGAAGAUUGCACAGAACGGCCAACAGUAGCGUCACCGCGAGAGCUCACUCAGAACCCGCUGAAGAAAAUCUGGAUGCCCUACAAAAAUGGCCUUCCAGAAAAAAACAUUUCUCAAAGAAAGGUAUGCAUGACAAACUGUCCCACCCUCAUUGUCACGGUUGGCUUACCUGCCAGAGGGAAGACCUACAUCUCCAAGAAGCUGACUCGCUACCUGAACUGGAUAGGUGUGCCCACCAAAGAGUUCAAUGUGGGCCAGUAUCGGCGAGAGUGUGUGAAAAUCUACAAGUCCUUUGAGUUCUUCCGUCCAGACAAUGAGGAAGGCCUGAAGAUAAGGAAGCAGUGUGCACUGGCUGCACUGAACGAUGUCCGACAGUACCUGGGAGAGGAGGGAGGGCAGGUGGCGGUGUUUGAUGCCACAAACACUACAAGAGAAAGGAGAGACACCAUCAUAAAGUUUGCAGAGCAGAAUGGCUACAAGGUGUUUUUUGUGGAGUCUGUCUGUGAAGACCCUGAUGUCAUUGCAGAAAACAUUGUGCAAGUGAAGCUGGGAAGCCCAGACUACACAGACUGCAACACAGAGGAGGCAAUAGAGGACUUCAUGAAGAGAAUAAAGUGCUAUGAGAACUCCUACCAGACCUUGGACGAGGUCCUUGACAGAGACCUGUCCUACAUUAAGAUCAUGGACGUGGGCCGGCGGUACCUGGUGAACCGGGUUCUGGACCACAUCCAGAGCCGCAUCGUGUACUACCUCAUGAAUAUCCACAUCACGCCCCGCUCCAUCUACCUGUGUCGUCACGGCGAGAGUGACCUCAACGUCAGGGGCCGUAUCGGGGGCGACUCCGGGCUGUCCAUGCGUGGCAGAGAGUUUGCCAAGUGUCUGGGGUCCUUCAUCCAGGAACAGAACAUCCCAGACCUGAAGGUUUGGACCAGUCAGAUGAAGAGGACCAUCCAGACAGCUGAGGCACUUUGUGUGCCUUAUGAGCAGUGGAAGGCACUCAAUGAGAUUGAUGCGGGUGUGUGUGAGGAGAUGAUGUAUGAGGAAAUUCAGGAGCACUACCCUCUGGAGUUCGCCCUGCGUGACCAGGACAAGUAUCGCUACCGCUACCCCAAGGGAGAGUCCUAUGAGGACCUGGUGCAGCGGCUGGAACCUGUCAUCAUGGAGCUUGAGCGUCAGGAGAAUGUGCUGGUCAUCUGUCACCAGGCUGUCAUGCGCUGCCUGCUGGCUUACUUCCUGGACAAGUCUGCAGAGGAGUUGCCUUACUUGAAGUGCCCUUUGCACGCGGUACUAAAACUGACUCCGGUUGCUUACGGCUGCAAGGUUGAGUCCAUCUGCUUGAAUGUGGAAGCAGUGAACACUCACAGAGAGAAACCAGAGAAUGUUAAUGUGCAUCGCACUGCAGAGGAUGCCUUGCAGACGGUUCCAUCUCACCUUUGACCCCUGACCUCUGACCUCCAGGCCUACCUGGAAAAACUUGGACUUCUAUCUCUCUCUCUCAGGGACCUUCGCAACUCCUAUGGUUGGAUGACCCCCCUCCCCUCCCCUCCCCCGACACCCUUUGGCUGUCCUGGAUGAUCCAGGGCAGGGUGAUCUACAUCUUUCUCCUCCUGUUGAAACUUCAACCUUCCUUGUCUUGACACCACACAACACCACAUGGUACAAAAAAUAUUUAAAUGAUUAAGAGCUGCUAUCCUGACCAGACUGGACAACAGUACAUCUGUGCAUGGACAGGCUCUGGGAAUCACUGUAUCACAAUGCAUUAUGCAUUACUGUCACAGGGCGGGGGAGUCCGUUGUAUUGAUAUCACACAGCACUAAUUUUGGAUUAGGCUAGCUUUAUAAAUGGGUUGUUGUAGUGCAUUGUGCUUCUUUCUGGUACCAGUGGUGCCCAUGGUGAAAGAGAUGUGACACACGCAAGGAUUGUCUAGGACCAGUGAGUGGGUCAAGUGAACCUCUUUGGAGUUACAUUAAUGUGUGACAGUGUCUGUCUAUGGGUCUAUGGAGUGUCAUGAGAGUGUUUCACACACAGACAGGACCUAUUGCACUCCUUCCAGUUUGGACCUGAGAGGGUGAUACUGUCAUAAAUGUACAGGCUUGUGUGAUUAUGAGCAAAUCUCUUGUGUUCUGUUUGCACUGACAAAGUGAAAGCCUUGAGAUAUUUCUGUCAAUGUACUUUGUCAUUUGUAGGGCACUAACUGAUGUUACUAUAUGUACAAAGGCGAAGUCCAAAAGGCUAUCACUUCCUGUGAUUAUCUGUGGUUUGCUAAAGCCCUUGUUUUUCGGGGAAGAAGAGACACAGCAGGUUUAUGAACA